CAAGCACACAGUUGCCCGAGAUGUGGAACCCGCUGCCGGACAGCGACUCUGUGGUGGAUCCGGGACGUCGCCAGCGCUGGCUCUGCGCCGGGACACUGGUGCUGGCUUUCUCCGGAAUCUUCAUCAUUGGCUUUGUCUUUGGAUGGUUUAUAAAAGCUUCCAAUGAAUCUACUGGUAUUGUUCCCAAUGCUGGCAUGAAGAAGUUAUUUUUGCAAGAAUUGAAGGCUGAGAACAUCAAAAACUUUUUAUAUAAUUUUACACGCACACCACAUUUGGCUGGAACAGAACACAAUUUUGAGCUCGCAAAGCAAAUUUAUGCCCAGUGGAAAGAAUUUGGCCUGGACUCGGUUGAGCUGUCCCAUUACGAUGUGCUGCUGUCUUACCCAAAUGAGACUCAUCCUAACUACAUCUCAAUAAUUGAUGGAGACAGAAAUGAGAUUUUCAACACAUCACUGUCUGAACAGUCACCUCCAGGGUAUGAGAACAUCUCAGAUGUAGUGCCACCUUUCAGUGCCUUCUCUCCACAAGGGACACCAGAGGGGGAUCUAGUGUAUGUUAACUAUGCACGUACCGAAGACUUCUUUAAGCUGGAACGGGACAUGAAGAUUAAUUGCUCUGGAAAGAUUGUGAUCGCCAGAUACGGGAAAGUGUUUAGAGGUAAUAAGGUUAAAAACGCUCAGCUGGCGGGUGCGAAAGGAGUCAUUCUCUACUCAGACCCUGCUGACUAUGUUGUUCCUGGGGUGAAGUCCUAUCCAGAUGGCUGGAACCUCCCUGGAGGUGGUGUCCAGCGUGGGAAUGUCUUAAACCUUAAUGGUGCAGGUGACCCCCUCACACCGGGUUACCCAGCCAAUGAAUAUGCUUAUAGGUAUGAUUUGACAGAGGCUGUUGGACUUCCAAGUAUUCCAGUCCAUCCAAUUGGAUACGAUGAUGCACAGAAGCUCUUAGAACACAUGGGUGGCCCAGCACCCCCUGACAGCAGCUGGAAGGGAGGCCUCAAAGUACCUUACAAUGUGGGACCUGGCUUUGCUGGAAACUUUUCAACACAAAAAGUCAAGCUCCACAUACACUCCUAUAGUAAAGUGACAAGAAUCUAUAAUGUCGUUGGCACCCUCAAAGGAGCUACUGAACCAGACAGAUAUGUCAUUCUUGGAGGUCACCGAGAUGCCUGGGUCUUUGGUGGCAUUGACCCUCAGAGUGGAGCAGCUGUUGUUCAUGAAAUUGUGAGGAGCUUUGGAGCACUGAGGAAGAAAGGAUGGAGACCUAGAAGAACGAUUCUGUUUGCAAGCUGGGAUGCGGAAGAAUUUGGCCUUCUUGGUUCUACUGAGUGGGCAGAGGAACAUUCCAGACUCCUCCAAGAACGUGGUGUGGCUUACAUAAACGCCGAUUCUUCCAUAGAAGGAAACUACACCUUAAGAGUCGAUUGCUCACCACUGCUGCACGGCUUAGUGUACAACUUAACAAAAGAGCUCCAAAGCCCAGAUGAAGGCUUUGAAGGCAAAUCUCUUUACGACAGCUGGAGAGAAAAGAAUCCUUCACCAGAAUCCAGUGAAGUGCCCAGGAUCAGCAAGCUGGGGUCUGGCAAUGAUUUUGAAGUGUUUUUCCAAAGACUUGGAAUUGCUUCAGGCAGAGCACGGUACACUAAAAAUUGGAAAACAAACAAAGUCAGAAGCUAUCCACUCUACCACAGUGUCUAUGAAACAUAUGAGUUAGUGGAAAAAUUUUAUGAUCCAACCUUUAAAUAUCACCUCGCUGUGGCCCAGGUUCGAGGAGGGAUGGUGUUUGAACUGGCCAAUUCUCUAGUGCUUCCCUUUGACUGUCGAGAUUAUGCAGUAGCUCUGAAAAAGUAUACUGAAAAUAUCUACAACAUUUCAAUGAAACAUCCACAAGAGAUGAAGGAAUACUCGGUAUCAUUUGAUUCACUGUUUUCUGCAGUAAAUAAUUUUACAGAGAUUGCAUCUGAGUUCAACAAAAAACUUCAAGGCUUGGAUAAAAGCAACCCCAUGUCACUGAGAAUUAUGAAUGACCAGCUGAUGUAUCUGGAACGUGCAUUCAUUGAUCCUUUAGGGUUACCAGGCAGGCCUUUCUACAGGCAUAUCAUCUACGCUCCAAGCAGCCACAACAAGUAUGCAGGAGAGUCAUUCCCAGGCAUUUAUGAUGCUCUUUUUGAUAUUGAGAGCAAAGUGGACCCUUCUAAGGCCUGGAAAGAAGUGAAGAGACAGAUUUCUAUUGCAGCCUUCACAGUGCAAGCUGCAGCAGAGACUUUGAGAGAAGUAGCCUAAGGGUACUUCAGAGAAUCCAUAUUUGGUAGGUAUGAUAUUAUUGGAAGAACCUAUAUAGAAAAAUAAAUAUGAGACUUUAUGAUUAUGUGUAAUAUCUGUAUGUGUAUAUAUAUAUAUAUAUACAUAUAUUUCUUUUAUUUUUCCUUAUGGAUCAAAAAAGAAAAAUGGAAAAUUUUAUUUUAUAAUUGUAGAAUUUAUUUAUGAAAUCUGAAGUUCAGUGGUUAAGUGAUUAAAAUUAAGGUGAACAAUUGAA